AUGAAAGCCUCUAGCGUGAAGUCCCUGGAUACUGCCUCACCGGUGGCUAAGCCAACAUGGCUGGCUGAGGGUCUUCUUCUUCUUAACCAAGAAAAGCACAACAAAGGUACAGUUAUGUCUAAACCAAUGGGUUCCCGCAUACUCAUUAGCAGACUUCUUCUCCUUAACUUUCUUCUUCUUUGGCAACUUGGCAAUGGGGCUACUUCCGAUAUUGGCAUUAAAGCUGCAGUUGAUACCAAUCAUACCACUAAUAUUGGUAAUCUUACAGCUGAUGAAGGUACAAAUUAA